CAGAUAAUAUUAUAAUUAUUGUUUAAAAUGAAUGGUAUAUCACCAACAGAAAUUGUUGGCUUGGACGCUGUUGUUAUCAAAAAGCUGACAAAGCUGAUGCCAAAUAAUAAGGCAGUUUCUGAGAUGUGCAGAAAGAUUGCGUUUCAUCAUUUCCUCAUUCAAAAUGGAAAUAAUGCUAAUAAGGACAAUAUGAUAUGUUGUAAGGAAGUUUUCAAAACAAUCAAUGAUCUGAAAAAACAUGUUUCCACUCAUCAUUCAGACUGGAUAUCAGAAUAUGCAAACGACAUUGAAACACAAUUUUAUGAUUUUUUCAAAGGUUUUAAUAACCAAGAAAUUUUCGCUAAAGAAUAUAAUAUAAAUGAGUAUAAUGCAACGGAAAAAUUUGUAUGUUCAUGUAACGGCAAUUUUAAAGUGACACUAUAUUAUCUUUACACCGAUAUCAAAUCACCUUCUCAUGAAUCGUCAUGGCAACGAAGUAUUUGUCAGCACUUAAAAUUGAUUGGAAAAAUCAGAGUGGCUUCGGAAGGUAUAAAUGGAACUGCAGAAGGUUGUGAAUGUGCGAUUAAUCGUUAUAUUGUUAAAAUGUGCGAGCGUUUAACUCAACUCAAAAGAGAAGAUUUUAAGCUGAGUGAUGGUGAUGGGAAUUCUUUCGAAAAUCUAAAAGUAACAGAAUGUGAAGAAUUGUGUUCUAUAGGAAUUUCGCCUGAUAAAUUGAAAUCAACAGAUGGUGGAAAGCAUUUGACACCUGAGGAAUUCCACAUGGAAGUUCAAAAGAAAAGUGAUGACACCAUCUUACUGGAUUGUAGAAAUUUUUACGAAAGUAAAAUCGGCUAUUUUGAAAACGCAUUGAGACCAAAUUUAAGAAAGUUCAGCUACUUUCCAGCUUAUGUUGACAAGAACCAUGAGCUUCUCAAGAAUAAAAGAGUACUCAUGUAUUGUACAGGUGGAAUAAGAUGUGAAAGAGCAUCAGCUUAUAUUAAAAAAUCAGUGAAUUGCAAGGAAGUUUUACAGUUAAAAGGAGGGAUCCACAAGUAUCUGGAAAAAUACCCUGAUGGUCAUUACAAAGGCAAAUUGUUUGUUUUUGAUGAAAGAUACAGCAUAGGAGGGGAAAUGAAAACACCGGUAUCUAGUUGCAAAUAUUGUAACGAACCCCAUGAUAAAUAUAAGCUCUGUACAACAAAAUCUUGUAGACAACUUGUUCACUCCUGCGACUCUUGUAGAACAAAGGUGAAAGACGCUGAUCGGUUUUUGGCUUUUAAUCGAGUUCGACUUGACGAGAAAGCAACAUUGGCCAAGAUCGGGUUUCUGUCAGAGAAAACUGAAUCUAGAAAUUGUCUUGAUGUUGAGAGUGACAUUCGUCAGGCUAUAUCAUCAAAAACGGUGCCUAAUAUAAGAAACCCAAGUCCCGAGCGCAAGAUUCCUAUUGAUUGUAUACUAAAAAAACUUGGAUUUUUUUGUCUGUGGUUUGUUUUUGCACUCUAUGAAAGGUCGUACAAACAUAAUACAAUUCGAAACGCACUGAUCUACAGGAUUUCCAACUCAUUAAGUAAUUUUAGUGUUAAAUCAAUCGUAAUGUACAUAAUCAAUAUAAAUACUCAACAUUAAGGUGCUUUUUUUAAUUAUGUGAGGUAUUAAAGGUUUUCCCAUCUUGAUUGAUGGGAAUAUUGUCAUUGGUCUUGUUAUGAAUGAGUACUCCCCUGAGAGUCCACUUCAAUCUUAUGUUGUAUUGAUUUAUUGAUGUACAUGUUUUAUGUGAUUGCUUGUAUGCCAUAUUGCUACCAAUCGAAUAUUACAAAUAGCAUACUUUACUGUAGAAGUAGUAUAUUCUUCUGGAAUCAAAAUAAUACUGAUAAUAUUUAAAU